AUGUCUUCCCCGGUCGAUUACUCAUUUGACGGCUUCUUGAGGCUCCUGAAGCAAGAGAAUGCUCGUGAAAUUUUGCUCACACUCGUUCAAAGUCCCAACUUCCAAGGCCUGAACGUUGCACCCCGUCUUGUAGCACCAGUCUCUCAGAAUUUGACAGCAGAUCUGAACCUGGCUCUAGCCACAGCAGCGUCUACGCCUCUUGUCCAAGCCCAGGCCGAUAAGAAUACACGAGACGUCUCUCAGGUUCCCGGAGCGCUGAACCUGGAGGAGAUGGAUGUACCUCGAGACGACGACAGCCGUCCGGAUAUCCAGCCUCUGAGUUCUCCAGUCCCCCAAAGCUCUACAGCCGAUGCGGACUCAGCUCCAUUUAAUGCGGCGUCUGUGCCUCCUCAGCCCCUAGCUCAUGUGCUCGCCUCAACUCUUCCUCAAACCCCAGCCAAUCCGGGGCCUACACCUCUUGCCCAGGCUGCACCCACUGUGCCUACAGCGCCUCGCCCUUUUUCAGCUAUCGAUCGAUGGGAGGAGGAGCAACGUGAAUUUCGCCGCCGACAGGAGGAGGCAAUCGAAAUGGUGAAUGAUAUCUCGCCGCCGCCCUCCCCAGUGUCUUCGGACUCUUCUGACGAUGUUGUGUGGGACAAUAGGGAAAAUAUGUUCGUUCCCAAAUACGAGAAAGAUUCGGCGAAACAUCCGUUGAUUUCUCUAGAUCAAUCGUUCACCGAGGGCCCGUUCAGACCUGCCAUCGAUUACGAACUGCACAAGAUGCGGAAAGAAGAUCGGGCUCGUGAGAAAGCUGAGCGUAAGAUUCAGGAAAAGAACGAUAGGGAGCGCCCCAUUUUCGAUUGGCUACUUAUGGUUGGCAGGAAGAAAGAAUCCGAGCCAGAGAUACCCAAUCUCGCGAGUAUCAAGUCAUUUAUUUAUGAGACUGAAGCUGUGGACAGCUUCAUCAAAGAAAAGCGAAAGCGAAAGGACAAGGCCGAUAUAGAGGAAGCUGCCUGGAAGCCAUCCAUGCCGCCUUACAAGCGUCGCGCAUCCCCUCCCAAAACGUCACUGGAGGCCGAAAAGAGGAAUGACAAUGGCAUCGCAGACCAGGCUGGAGAGGGACAGGGCAAUAAAGUCCCAGAAAAUACUGGAAAGCAACAAGUCAAGGAGCCUCUAAGAGGGAAAGCCGAUGUCGGUUCGCAGCCGGCUGAAAACAACCCCUCAAUCUACAUGAACAUGACGCUGGAGCAUGAAAAGAACGAAUUGAAGCGGAAAGAGAUGGAUGAUGGAGAUGAAAACGAGUCUUCGCCACAGCCCCCCAAGAAGAGGCUGAAGAAGGUAUCAUUCGCUGAAACGCCCACUGAGGUGCGAACGAUUCCCGAAGAAGAGGUCACUGUGGACGAAGACUCUUAUCCGUGGCAGGAAUCUGUAACAACUGACAUCUCCCCCGAAGAGUUGUACGAGUACAGCGACGACGAGCUAGAAGCUGCGGACGGUUUGAUGCAGCUCUCGCGAGAGUCAACCCUUCAGGACGUUCCAUCGGAACUAGGAAACGGGGAACUUUCAGCUCCGCAAGCCCCUCAACAACCUUGGCAGCCUCCGCCCGAGGUAGAGAACCUGCGACUCCAUGAGGCCAACAAGGCAUAUGGAUUCAAGGCCACAAACAUCUACCCUCCAGAGAGCGAUUUGGUUAAAGUUGCUCCGCUUAGGACUCAGCCGUACGUUUUCGGGGGGGUACGCGAAGAGAACCCUCUGAAGCGUAAGGCAAAAGGGGAAGCUGGAGCCGCUCGUCCAGCAAAAGUCACAAAGACUCGUCCAUGGAAGGAUAAGGCCAUUACCGAGCCUGUCCGCCGUUCAAGGCGAAUUCAGGCGAAAGUCGGUCCCUUUGAAGAUGAUAGCUCAAGUGUUGUUGAUGGACGAGGGGGUCCCGAAUCUGCUACACCAACUCAAGCGCUUAAUUCUGGCUUCGCUCCUGCCGUUGGCGCGUGUCCGCAACCUGGAACUACCCCCGAAGGCGCUUCUUCAAAUCAGCAAUCUGAUUCGCCAAAUCCAAAUACCAGUUCUGAGACGGCGGGGACUCAGCAGACGACGGAACACUCGGAAGUCGUGCAGAAGCCUGACCAGCCCAUGAAGCUAUCUAUCAAGCUUGUCAAGGCGAAGGCACGAGUGUCUGAGACUGCAGUGGUUCAACCAAGUACCGCAUCUUCGAUCACCGCGCGCGAAAAGCCUGGUAAGCUGGUUCUCAAGCUCAAGACCAAGACCGAGGCUGCAAGUCUACCUCCUGCUGAGGCUGCCGCCGAGGGCUCAUCUACACACCACCAGUCCGGCACAACGGCCGCAGCGACUGUACCCGAUCUUCUAAAUUCUCAGCCGACCCCCGAACCAUUGGUCACUGUGAAGCGGAGGCCUGGUAAGAAGUACCUCAUGGUCAAGAUUAAGGUCGGUGGCGCGAAUUUGGAGCGCCUCAUGCGGCAAUAA